AUGCGACAUGUCACAGAAGCAAAUGCCAAUUAUGUCAAGCUCAGCAAAUUAACUAAUUCCUACUUUGAUUCCAAACUUGUUCUAAACCUUGGAGGUUCAAAGAAGGAAAAAAACUUUAUCUGUAGAAUGAAGACAGGACCACGUGAGUCUGGUGAAGCAUCCAACGAUGGAAUCCCAGCAAAACUGAUGAUCAGUGGGGUUGCUAUACUAGAAUUCAUACUGAGAAUCCUUGCUGCUGCAGGAACACUAGGGAGUGCUAUGGCCAUAGGGACUACUAAAGAAACAGUUCCACUAUUCUCUCAAUCAAUCCUAUUAAAUGCCGAAUAUAGUGAUCUUCCUAUGUUGACAUUCUUUCUGAUUGUCAAUUCAGUUGCCUUUGCCUAUCUUGUGCUUUCUCUUCCCCUAUCUUUCUACCACAUUAUCAGGAGAGCAGCCAAAAACAGUCGAAUCAUCAUAGCUUUAGUUUGGGGCAUCUUGUUUGUAUCUGUGCUAAAAAUAGGCAAAAGCAUGUCAGAUGCUUCAACUAAGCUAAUUAGUUGA